AUGGAUCGGAAGUGGAUGUACCAUGUUCAUCGUUCAUCCACGGAGUACAGGGUGGGGGUCACUGAAUUUGUUAAAUUUGCGGACAAUGACAGGAAAAGCAGGAUGAGCCUGUAUAUAUCGUGUCCAUGUAAUGACUGUAGUAAUGAAAAGAUGAUUCCUGAUAGUUCAGAAGUGCAUUCUCAUUUGAUAAGGAGAGGAUUCAUGGAGAAUUAUACAUGUUGGAGUAAUCAUGGAGAGCAAGAGAAACCUGAUGUUGAUGCUGAUGAGGAAGUGUCGGAUCAAAAUACAGUGAACGUCACCGCAGCUCCAGAAAGCAUGUUUGUACCAUCUGCGUUAGGUGGAGAUACCAUUAAUUUCGACACUAAAUGUCUAUCUCAAAUGUUGCAUGACAUUGAAGACGCAGAUGACAACGACAGAGAGUUUGAGAAGUUUAGUAAGUUGGUGGAAGAUUGUCAAAUGCCCUUGUAUGAUGGAUGUAAGUCGAAGCACACCAAGUUGUCCUGUGUGUUGGAACUCAUGAAGCUUAAGGCAAGUAAUGGAUGGUCCGACAAGAAUUUUACAGAACUUCUUGAGCCAUUAAAGGACAUGUUGUCAGAGGGGAACAAAUUACCGCAUACGACAUACGAAGCUAAGCAAGUGUUAUGCCCGUUGGGUCUAGAAGUCAGAAGAAUUCAUGCAUGUCCGAACGACUGUAUUUUGUAUUACAAGCAAUAUGCUGACCUGGAUGUUUGCCCUGUAUGUGGGGCUUGUAGAUACAAAUGUGCAAAAAGUGCAGGUGAACGAAGACCGAGACAACCUGGCAACGAUAUUGAUGUGUUCCUUGAACCAAUGAUCGAUGAUUUUGUGACGCUUUGGAAUGAGAGCACACGUACAUGGGACGCAUAUGCACAGGAUUAUUUCAACCUCCAUCCGAUGGUGUUUAAUACCAUUAACGAUUAUCCAGCCCUUGGCAAUCUUUCUGGUCAAACGGUCAAAAGAAAAUGGACGUGUUUGGAGUGUAUGGAGGAAACAAGAAGCAAAUGGUUGAAGAAUUCACACAAGAUGGUCUACAUGGGUCACAAGAGAUUUCUCCCACGGUAUCACCCUUAUAGGAAUAUGACAAAAAAUUUCAACAGCCACAGAGAUACAACCAGACCCCCACAACAGCUAACAGGGACAGAUGUGCACAACUUACUGAUGGGAAUAGCCAACGAGUUUGGAAAAAAGAGAAAAGUUGUAAAGGGAAAAGAUAAGAGCAUGUGGAAGAAAAAGUCAAUAUUUUGGAGACUACCAUACUGGAAGGAUCUUGACGUUCGUCACUUCAUAGAUCCGAUGCAUGUCGAGAAGAAUGUAUGUGAGAGUUUGAUUGGGUUACUGCUUAACCCUAGUAGUACAAAGGAUGGUCUGAACGCCCGACGAGAUCUGCAAGACAUGGGUGUUCGUUCGGAGCUACAUCACGUUACCAUAGAGUCCGACAGGGUGUACCUUCCUCCAGCCUGCUACACUCUAUCGAAAGAUGAGAAGAUGAAUUUGUUGACAUGUCCUAGUGGUAUAAAGGUUCCAUCUGGUUACUCGUCAAGAAUUAGCAGAACCUCCCACCCCGAGGGAAGCAUCGUUGAGAGUUACACCAACGAAGAGGUCAUCGAUUUUUGUGUGGACUACCUGUCGGAAACCUCUUCAAUUGGAUUACCACGAUCUCAUCAUGAGGGGAGGCUUGACGGUGUGGGUAUUGUUGGACGGAAAAUAGUUAGGAUGGAUCGAAAGGUGUAUGACAAGACUCAUUUCACGGUACUCACGCAUAUGACCGAGGUAGUGUCGUAUGUUGAUGAACACUUGGGAUUUCUCCGACAUGACAACCCAGGCCGAUCAGAUAGUUGGGUUAGAAACAAGCACAUGUCUUCCUUCAACGAGUGGUUUAAGAAUAGAAUUGCGAUCGAGCAGAACUUGUCCAGUGAAACACUGAAGUGGUUGUCACAGGGUCCUGAAUGA